GGGAUGCUGGUGGUGUCUUCGUGAGGUGUCUCGACAGUUGGGAGGCACGAUGUGGGUACGGUUGAAGUCAUCCUGGAACAAUAACUUUGUCGUGCUUUUGGCGGUGUUGGACUUUGCCUUAUGUGCGGUGCUGGCUGAGAAAGCGGAAGGUGUCCGGAAGGACUUUCUUAGGUAUGAACGGGUGCAUCCCAAAGUUAUCAGCCAUGGGCGUAGGCGUCGGGACGUCUUGAGUUUAAAAAAUGACGCUCAUCAAGAUGUUCUACAGGUUAUCUUCAAAGCAUUUGGUCAGCCUUUUACGUUAGACCUACGAAUGAAAAAAGACUUGCUGCCAUUAAAUUAUUUUGAAAAGCACCAUGGGAACAAUAAUAGUCACAUCAUAGAUCAUCCUAUGAAGAGGAACAACAAGCACUGCUACUACCAUGGUACUGUGCGUGGACAGAACAACUCUUGGGUGGCUGUUAGCACUUGCAAUGGGCUCAGUGGAGUUGUCUUUGACGGAAAAGAGAUUCAUUAUAUUCACUCUGACCCUCCUGAGCAUUUGUUCUUGAAAGCAUCUGAUAUGAAAGAGAAAUCUUGGAGAUGCGGGUUCAAUGACUCGCUGAACCUGUGGGGUGAUAGUCAUUCCCGGAGGAAAAGGUCUGUUGUGAUACAGCCACCAUUCAAAAGUAAUGCAAGAUCUCGUUAUGUAGAGCUUUUAAUUGUCAAUGAUAACAAAGAGUUUAUCAAAAUGAAGCGAAACAAAGAAGCUGUUUUUGAAAGAAGCAAGCAAAUAGCAAACAUAGUAAAUGCGCUCUAUGCCCCACUAAAUAUAUUCAUUGCACUAGUCGGAGUUAUCGUUUGGACGGAACAUGAUGAAAUAGUCAUGUCUUCUGAUGGUGAUGCAACAUUAACUAAGUUUUUGCAAUAUCGACGAGAACGUCUUGCCCGAGAGCAUCCAAAUGACAAUGCUCAGCUCAUAACAGACAUUGUAUUGGACAGCAGUGUUGUUGGAAAGGCACUGAAAGGACCCAUUUGCACAUACGAAUACUCUGGUGGUGUCAACAAGGACCACCAUGAAGUUGUCGGUGUGGUUGCUACUACUGUCGCCCAUGAGUUGGGCCACAACUUCGGCAUGGAGCAUGAUGACAAGGACACCAAAUGUCAGUGCCCUGAUAAAAGGUGCAUAAUGGCAUCAGCGACCAGCAACCCACCCAGCCCUAGCCAGUGGUCCUCCUGCUCCAAACAGUACUUGCAGUCCUCAUUUGAGCAGGGCAUGGAUUUCUGCCUUUGGAACUUGCCUGAGGACAUCAUGGGUCCCGUCUGUGGCAACGGGUUCCUUGAAGAGGGCGAGCAGUGCGACUGUGGACCAGCAGAGUUCUGCAAAAAUCCAUGUUGUGAAGCAUCAACCUGCAAGUUCAAGGGAAAUGCUGCAUGUGCUAUUGGAGCUUGCUGUGACAUUUCUACAUGCCAGGUUGUGAAGGCUGCCACAUUAUGUCGAGAUGCCAUAACAGAGUGUGAUUUGCCAGAGUAUUGUGAUGGAGUGUCAGAGUUCUGUCCUGUGGAUGUUUUUGUGCAAGAUGGAACAGAAUGUGGAGGUGGCAAGGCCUACUGCUUUGGUAAGCAGUGUCGCUCUCACGAUGACCAGUGCCAGCUACUGUGGGGUUCCAGUGGACGUAUGGCUGACCAGCGGUGUUUCGAGCGUAAUGAUGAUGGUGAAGUAAAUGCUAAUUGUGGAUACAAUCGCCUCAACAAGACCUACAAGAAAUGCAACAAGGAGGAUGUGAUGUGUGGAACAUUGCACUGUGUGCAUCUGAAUGAACGGCUGGAGUUUGGCAUAGAGUCUGCAGCUGUCCAGUCCAAGUUUUACAUUGACGAAAAUGACAAACGAUUCACCUGCCGGUCUGCAAUUGUGGACUUGGGCUUAUUCACAGCUGAUGUUGGCCAGUCUCCAAAUGGUGCAAAAUGUGGUACCAAUAAGGCUUGUAUGAACCAAAAGUGUGUGCCGAUUGAAAAACUGUAUGGAAUCAAAUGUCCUUAUGACUGUUACAAUAAUGGGGUUUGCAACAGUCGUGGUAACUGCCAUUGCAUGGUGGGCUACGCACCUCCAUACUGCAAUUAUCCAGGGCCUGGUGGCAGUUCAGACAGUGGGCCUGCAUCAGACCCCUCAGCUGGUUACAGUUUUAUGGUGUCCAUGUACAUCAUUUUCCUGUGCAUUGUGCCUCUGGCUGUGAUCACCAGUUUCUCCAUCUACUACUUCCGGCGUCAUCUAAAAACAUGGUGGAUGACGAAGGCUCGCAAGGCAGCAAUAAAGAGUCGUGCACAGCAGGUGGGCCUUGACAGGCGUGGAGGUCGGCCUCUGUCCAAGUUCAACAUUGAUGCCGAAGCUAUCAAGGCACUCAACAUAUCAAGCCCAGUCGCGCAACACAUGGCACCACAGGAGCCACUAGUACCCAGCGCACCACCAUUGCCACCACCACAGCAUCAGAAACCACACCGCAGUGUGAGCCGUGAGCGUGGCAGUUUUCGUAGCGUGGACAUCUCUGGACCUGUGCUGCAGAGCUCAAGCAACAGCCACAUCACUCCAACCCGCCCAGCACCUGCCAGACCUGCACCUGCCCGGCCUGCCCCAGGGCGGCCCGUGGGCGUCCAGCGGGCACCUUCCUGUCCAUCACAGGGAAGCAUGCGUGGACGCUCACGUGUAGCACGCUCGGCAAGCCAGCGCAGCAAUGGUCCUCGACCAGCACAACCACCACCACCAAGGCCUCCUGCACCCCCUGAUGGGUCCUUAUAUGAUGACUGCACAACGCUAGAGUUUUCUGGCACUCCUCUUGCCUUUGUGCACAAUGAGGCAAACAGUUUGCAACACCCACUUCCAAAUAGGCCACUGCCCGCACGUCCCACGCCAGUCAACACACGACCUGCGACAGGAGUGGCUGCACUUGCACUGAAGUUUGAGAGGAAUGCGGCAGAGUCUUCACAGCCACUUCAUGGGAGGGCACAGCCCAUGGCAGGGCAACGGUCCCACACAACAACACUUUCUUGAGCAUCUGUUUUGGCACACUGGCAUUGUACAUUGCACCAGCAUGUUGUUCCUUAGCCUGACUUUGUCCUAAUGUUAAAAUUUCAGAGAUAGGUAGCAAGUCAGUGUUACUCACGUGGGGCCGGGGCCAUGUUUUGCCUUUCCUCACUGGCAUGCAUGACAACUUGCCACAGUGGAUGAUAAGAAGGCAAUAGAAUUGAAGGAAAAGAAUCUUUACAAAACAUGGCCCCUUUGUAUCUUUUACACUGGGGUGUGUAGGCGGGGACAUUGCUUUGCAGCAGCCGGGAUUUCUAUGAAGGUUGUUGUACAAUACUAGAGGCAUUACAAAUUUCACACGAAAAAGCAGGGGUGUAUUUGAAACUAGUAGGAGCCGGAUGCUAAACAAUGUCUUAUCUUAGUGCUUUUAUUUUCAUUGGACAAAUGCGUAAAUACUAGCUUGCUGCAAGAAUCUUGUCGUCAACUAUUGCUUGGGAUAUCUAGCGUAAUGCACUAUUCACAAAAGCAGUCGUGUACAUUUGGUACAUGUGGCAUGCCUAAAGUCAAAUAUUACUUGUGUCCUAGUUCUUGCAAUUGCUGCAUUGUAACAUAAUGUGACAUUUUAUUGAGAUAGAUUCAAGGUAUUUAGUUUAAUGUUUUGGGCCCAGUGCUAGUCGCACAAUUUGUCCACAACAUGAAGUUACUAUCCUUCAUUCAGAUAUGAAUGGUGUUGGUUUUGGAUGCUUAAUGCAUGGUUCUGGUGUGAUGAAAAGUACUUCAAGAUGCUGCUCAUCACUAUAGACGUUCCGUUCAAAGCCAUUGGAAUUAUGCUGUACAGUUUCUAUGCAUGGAAUUCUUUUACUAUUUUUCUUACCACACCAAUUGUCACACCUGUAAUGUAGGUUAGUAGAACUAUUGAUUGGCAUCCACAAGUGAUUCUGCUACAUUUGCAGACCCUGGCCAGGAACAUUGCAAUGGCACCUGUCAUGAUGGCUUUAAUGUAGUGGUGUGCGAAUAGCAAAAUUUUAAGUGCGAAGCAUAUUCGAAUAUCAAAGUUUGAGUGUGAAUCAAAUCGAAUAUGUUCGAAUAGUUGUCAAAUGUUUGCUUAAUAUUUUUUGAAUACUUUCAAGUUAAAUUAUAAAAAAAAAGGUUGCAGAGAAAAUCCCUAAGCAUAUUCUUAUAAUAUGAAAACAUGGAAGUGUUUACUUUGGCUAGGUUCGUGAAGCAUUGAAGGGAUGGUGUUCCCUAGUUGUUUUGUGAAGGAUGAGGCAAUGCAGGGACUGAGUUGUUUUCAUUAACAUUACCUGAUGCAACAAAUGUAGUGUUGACAACACUUUACACGUGAAAGAAAAAGACGCUAUUUCCUCCACCUCUCCCCUACUCAGCGCAAGCCAGGGAUGGAGCUUCGCGUUGCUCUCUCAACCAGAAAACCUCAUUAGAGGGAGGCAUCUCUUGCUACCCGCCCCAUAGAAUUUCACAGCGAGCAGAUGGCUACUACAGCACCACAAGAUGAACCAACAUCAAUGCAAACUGGCGUGAAGGCCGAGACCCCCACAGGCAAAUCGGCGUAAAUAGACCUUUCAUGUCAACAGCGGCAGAGCAACAGGAAAAAAGCAUAUAGAAUGUCUGCAAGUCAAACAGAAUGUCUGCAAGUCAAACACAAAGAAAAAAGAGUGCUGUACUCGAUUCAAGCAUCCAACAAAAAGCCUGAGAAAAAGCCCGUGCCCAUGCAAAAGCCAUCAAAGCAACGCAACUUGAAGAUGCCCCCCUUUUCUACGGACGACUUGAAGAUUGUCUACAGGCCACAAGCCGGACUCGGCUUAUCGAAAUGGAGUUUAACAUCAAUCACUCACGCUACAGGACGAUCAAGCAGCCUCACACAACAGGAUUUCUAUGACAAUGCUGGAGUUGAAGUGCAGAGCAUUGAAAACAUCAUUAUUGCUAGUACUACUGACACAGAACGUGCAACCAAGCUCAGAAACCUUGCUACCAUCGAGUUAGGCGGAACUAUUUUCAGUGUGAACCCCUACGUGAGACAUCCCGACGAUGUAUGCAGAGGUGUCAUCUAUUGACUCCUCCCGGGCACCAGUAGUGCCAAAAUUGUAGCUGGCAUCAGAGUCGAAUCACGAUACACGGUCCUUUGCGCUCACAUGCUUGGUCAGUUUUCCACCGCCGUCAUCACUUUUGAUGGCCCGCACAUCUCGUACUGCAUCACGUACCAAAGUGGAUACUGCUGCUAUAAAACCUAUCGAAAGUCUGUGCAGUUCUGCCACAAAUGCGGUGCCAUUGGGCAGCGACAAGACAUCUGUCCCAGGCCGAGAGAAGACUUCUGUUACAAGUGUGGACAAGAUGUCAUUGCUGCAGAUCACAAAUGUAUGUCCAACUGCAAAAUAUGCGGACAACCCCAUGAAACCACCAGCAAGGAAUGCAAGAAGCAGCUAAGAUCAAACCCACCACCUUACCAAGCAGCGUACUGCACGACAAGUGUGUCCGAAGCAAGUCUAGGUCUAUUCUGUAAUCGCCCUCCACGUCUCGCACAAGGUUCCGCUCACUCUCCGCCAAGUGCCUCAAUUAUGCUGAUGCAACACGGGUAGAUUCGACUUCACUAAACAACGAGAACACUCCAGAUUGCUCAUCUGCUGAGAGCACUGCAUUUGAGAAUCUUGAAAAAAUGUUUUCGAACCUGUAGAAAGCUCUGCAAAGCCAGCUUGACCAGCUCCAAAGACAAGAUGUAGUUGUCCAUUAGCUCGCAAAACUCUGCCAAGAACAAGAAAAGAUUGUCGAGAAGCAAAAUACAAGCAUAGCGAGCUUUACUCAACUACUUGAAGAACAGCACCAAGCUAAACAACUGGCCACAAAGCUCACCACACCAGAUAUUGAAGCUGUCGUGGAGGCCAAAGUACUGUCCAUCAUAGAAACUAAAGUCACCGCCCUUGUCAAGUGGCAGCUCACGGCAACAGUAGAGUCAAAAUGCACAGCAGUAGUUGAGUGGACGCUCGAAGCACCCGUCGUGGCGAAGUUGGAGCCCAUCACCGCCGAAAGCUGUGACACAUUCACGAUGCUCAGUCGUAGAAUAGACACUCAUACAGCCAAAAUUAACUAUCUCAAGUCGCAGCUAACAAACUUCAUGGCUCAUGUCAAAAACAACUACAUUAGUCACGUGAAACUUGAAGACUGCCAUGGCAGGAAAAACCAUGUUCACAGAGAGAAAACUUUUCUCACUCAAUUUCUCCCGAAGGCGAGCAGGUAAACAUACAGCAUAUUCAUGAAGAUGGCAGGCUCUAACAAUAGGAUUCCUACUCUGCAACCAACUUUUCACAUUUGGUAGUGGAACUGUCGAUCAUACAGACCCAGGCUGGCAAAUCUGGGAGAAUAUAUAAAAGUAAUUUAACCCGACCUCAUCGCUAUACAAGAGAACAACACUGAAAAAGUGCGGCUCACAGGAUACAACAUUGUGACUCUAACCCCAAAAACUGCCAUUCUACUCAAGCAAACCGCUGCGGUCCAAGCUCACAGGAUAGAAGACACUACAGUUGAACCCUCCAUCGUGGAAGUCAUACCAGAACGAAAAUCGCAACAAAGCCUCUACGUCACUAACGUGUACAACCCACUGCGAGAUCAGCUCAGGGGCUACGAUUACUUCAACCGCGAACUGUGAAAACGUACGAAAGAUCACCAGCUAGUACUCAUAGGGGACUUCAACAUGCCUCACACAGCUUAGGGCUAUGUCAUCACCACUUAGAAAGGCGUGAAGGUCCACGACUUCGCUCAGUAGCAUGGCCUCACAUUGUUGAAUGAUCCGCUCUAGCCCAGGAGAGUGGGAAACUGUGUCUCAAGAGAUACCACGCCAGAUCUCGCCGUUACACGAGACGUCAAGGAGGCGGGAUGAACCUGUUCUCUCCGAGACGCUUGUUAGCGAUCACGACAUAAUUCAACUCGAAAUCGAAAUGACCAAUGACCUACCAAAACAAGCGAGACUGACAGAUUGGAACGCCUUUAGAAACGAGCUCGACAGUGAUGACGCUCACCAAAGUUUUGGAUACCGCCCAACGGUGCACCGAAGUAAUGCAACUUAACAAAGACAAUCCCGCAAUAGACUUCCUCUUACUCCAUCUCUGGGAGGCCAUACGAGCCUUACUAAAGAGAUGGAAGAGGCAAAAACUGAAGAAACUCUGAAAGAGAAUUUUUUUUAUUGACAGAAGGGUCGAAACAGUAUGCCGAAUAGCUAGCGAGACACAACUGGUGCGACUUUUGCGAUAAUCUGCUGGGUACGCUCAGCACCAAGCAGACAUGGCACCUGCUGACACUGCUGGGUGACCACCGCACCAAGACGCAGCAGCGGCAACAAAUACAUUAGCUAACACAACUAUAUGAUAGCUCGGAGGAAGACCUACUUCACGCACUGUGCAACAAGCUGCGUGGUCCUGUCCAAUAAGCGGCAAUACUACCACCGCACAAAGAAUACAAAGCCAUGCCCAACGAUGACCUUGACAGGUCCUUCACACCAGCAGAACUUCAAACAACUCUUUCUAAGCUGUCAAAAAAUACUAGUUUAAACAAAGACAGGAUAUUCAACAAGCACCUCAGACAGCUACCCACGACUGCUGGGACAACGACUGCUGGGACAAAGGAUAACUUCCGGCCGCGUGGAAGCAUUCGAGGUUAUCAUGAUGCCUAAGCCCAACAAGCCUAUAGCUGUUGGCAGCCUAAGACCCCUUUCUUUGACUUGAUGUGUUGGCAAACUGUUUCAUCAUAUGAUCCAUGACCGGCUCACGUCACACCUUGAGGACAACGAGCACUUCCCAGACACUAUGUUUGGAUCCCGCCAGCUGCUUUCUACGCAGGACAUUCUCUUACUCCUCAAGGAAGAUCUUGUUGAUCGCUUGAGCAAGAAUACUAGCAAGUCGACCAUUCUUGCCAUCGAUGUCAAAAGCGCCUUCGACAAUGUUAGCCAUAAAGCCAUACCACAAAAUUUCGAAGACACCGGUUGUGGUUCCAAAAUUUAUGGCUAUGUUCGAAGCUUCUUCACCGAUCGUCCGGCCACGGUGGUGAUAUACAACAGAAGGAGCACAAAAUUUGAGCUGCAGAACAGGGGUGCACCUCAAGGCUCUGUCUUGUCACCCCUACUAUUCGAGGUGGCACUCCUUAAGCUCCCCCUGCUUCUCAAAAAAACACAAAGCCUACAUCACGCCAUGUACGCGAAUGAUAUUACGUUGUUGACGUGAGGCAAGACCACUGGAGAGCAAGAAAGCGGCCUUCAGGAGGCGGUCAGCGUCAUCGAGAAAUACCUCAAUAGAUGCGGCCUCCAUUGUGGACCUGAAAAAUCGGAAUUACUGGUACUCAAGGCCCACACACGAGGAAGACCUCCAACCUGCGAAGCGCCAGGCCCAUGCGUCAUCCUCCACGGGGUCCAAAUACCAAAGGUCACCUCACUUAGCUUCGUCUAAUUUUUUCAGACUAGCUGGUUCAAAAUGGCAUUAAUUAAAGCUCCACUUUUGCCAAGUAGGUUUGAACCAGCGCGUUCGUGAGUAAAUUUGUUUACACCCAUAGCGGAGCUUUAAAGGAAGCUUUGCUGCAAUAUCAGAAUGUGAUAUGGUGAAGCAUGUAAAAACAAUAUGUAGGGGUCAUUGUAGGGGCACAGUGCAUCUCCAUGUUUGAACCGUUUUCCUGAAUUAAUACAUUUGCGACCGUAGCAGUCUAAAAGGCAGCUCUGCCCCAACGCGCGAGUUUGGUCGGUUGAAGCAUAUUGAAUUUCAAAGGGCCAUUGUCAAUUGGGCGUUGACUGUAUUUGUCUUUGGUAAAUUCAAAUUCUUCGAAUAGUAAAAUUCUGGUGCAAAUUAAAUCGAAUAACAAACACUGUUUGGAAGAUAUUUGAGAGAGUAUUUGCACAACCUUAUUUUAAAAGGUCAUUCAUGAGGUCUCGGUAAUGCAAACGAACAAGCCUAGCAUGUAGAUCAUGCUUUGGCAUUUGUGCCUGCAAAGUAUGAAAUGGUGUGCCAUGAAAAUAUGAAAAUUUUAAAAGAGGGAAACAUGCCCUGCUUCUUGAGAAGGCUGCACUGUCAGCAAGAUUCCGUCUCAGUUUCAGUUUAUUUAGCAAUCUUUUUCAGCAAUCAUGUUAAAGUACAGUGAUUCAAUGUUUUCAUACAAUGGCAAUGGUCAACACAAAACAAAAUGUAAAUCAGAUUAAAAAGUGAAAAAGAUGCUAGGACAGGAGUUGAAAGCUACUAAAAAGCAGCUUGACGGGAUUCCUGACCCUGGGCAGAUUGGCCGCAGACACGUGGUGAUGUAAAAAAAAAAGAAAUAAAAUACAAGCAAGUAAAACAGAAAAAGUACAAGAUGCAUAACACAAGCAAGUAAAAUAUCAACAAUUUUAGUAGCAAACUUCAAGUGCAGACAUAAUGUAAAAUCGCAAACACUGAAAGAAUGCGGCAUAAUAUGGGAGAACAAAGUGAGAAAGAAUACAAAAGAACAUAAUUUAUAUAUAUAUAAGAAACACUACCUUGAAACAGUAUGCAUAACGAAAACACAAAUACAUAAAAUAGUUCAUGUUUGUACAUGUGCAUAUGAAAAGGCAAAAAUUCACUUCUUUUCAAACGAAUUAUCAAAUUGAAUAUGAUACUAUAAAAUAAUACAUAGUGAAAAUGAACUCGAGAUUAAUUGAUCAUAUUCCCAGACUCUCUGAGAUUGCUAAUUAAAUAUUCUUUCCACUGCUUGUUUGUCAGCGUAUCAGGCCUUGGUUGUAUGCCUUGGUUGUUUAGGCGAUUCAAAAAGUUCGGCAUGAUAUGCUUAAGACUUUUAAGGCCGUAAUUCUUUCGCGAAAACGGUAUUUGCCAUGUGUCUCUUUUCCCUAUGUUGUAAGGUGUUGCGGGUGACUCUUUGAGCUGACACAGUGUCAGAAAAUUGGUUUUACUUUUCAAACCAUGUUUGUAUUUAGCAAAGAGAUUGAAAUUGUACAGUUGUUCUACUUGGAGCACGUUAUAUGUUGUAAAUAAUGUUGAUGUAUGAGCGUCGUAUGGAACACCUGCGAUAUGUCGUAUUGCCUUCUUCUGUAGCCUGAUCAAUUUUAAUUUCUUCUUUUGCGUGGUGUUUUCGCAGACGAGGGUACAGUAAUUGAUGUGCGAGUGAAAUAAAGCAUUAUAAAUGAGGAGUUUACCUUUUGGAGAAACUAUAUCUUGGAAUUUCGAAAGCACUCCACAUGCCCUGGCAAGCUUUUUGGCAACAUCAUACACAUGCAAAUCGCAGUUUAAGUCUUCACUGAAAGUGACCCCCAAUAUUUUAACGUCUUGUACAAUCCCAAUCUCUUUGUCACCGAGGUGUAAGUCUAAGCUAGAGUAUAUUUUUUUAUUAGUUGGUUUGAAUAGAACAGCCUUUGUUUUAGCAGCAUUGAUAACAAGAGAAUUCACUUCACUCCUUUUUUGUAGCUUUUCUAGCACGUCGUGAGCUAGUAUACUAAGAUUAGAUACGUCGUCAGAUUGAAGGAACAAGCUUGUGUCAUCGGCGUAAACUGAAAAUUCGACGUUCUCGCUAACUCUUACUAUGUCGUUUACGUAGAUGUUAAAUAACACGGGGCCUAACACACUUCCCUGCGAAACACCGGUGUUUAUGUCUAAUAGCGAAGAACUUUCAUUCACACACUCUACUUGGGAAGUUGCUAACUAUGGAAUGUGACUACCGCUCAUUGCCCGCAUAAACUUAUUACAUAAGCCUGUGACAGGAGUGUGUCGCAAAGACAUCAUGCGAUCUCUGAGCCCUGGGAUACACAAGGACUCGGAAAGAAUGCUGCUCGUGCAUGCUAGCGAAAACGUCUGUUGACAGUAGUCAGUGCCUCAUGGACACUUUCAAUUUCUUUCAACUCCUGCAGUAACAAACUGAUAUAAGAAAUUAUUUCAGCAGAACUCUCUCUCCACAGCAUUUUAUAACUUACAGUACAUAAACAACACUUUCAGCGGGGCCUGGUGAGGAGCGCUUUAAUGGGGCAACAAGCAAAUGAACCUUUCUGAAUUGUUAAGAUAAUCUAUGUAAAGCUACGAAACUGUAGUUUGUGUCUACCAUUAUUUCUUAUGCUCAGUUCAUCAGCUUCUUGUACACACAGAAACCGUGGAAAUUUCUGUUUGUAUAUUAUGAACAAGAUUUAGGUAUGUUUGUCUUAUUCCACAUCAUCAUAAAAAAUAGGCUAGGUUUUUUGUCUCCGAGCAUCUCUCUGCAGUUUUCUUUUUUAUAUUGGUUAUUCAACACUUAUCAUGCAGUAUCAUUAAAAUUUUAUUCACAUGUGCAUGCUUAAUUUAUUAUGCCUUUUGCUGUGAUUACACAUUAUAGUAUAGUCGAGUUUUGCGGUGUUGCACUACUCAGGCCAGCUGUGUAUUUAUUCAAGGACAGAUUGUAUGUAUGCAGGUCAUUGGUUGCAUGAGCCACAAGCCAUUUUUAGAUGUUUGUGUUGCUAGUUAGGAUGCAGGUGGCAGUUGUGCGAAUAGAAGUUCGUUGUAGGCACCAAACUAUUUCUCCGUUCUGAGGAGCAGAAGGAUCAAAUGUGUCAUUCAGCCAUAAACUUACUUUUGUUGACUGCAUCAUAUGCAACUAUUGCUCUUCAUUGUGUAUUGCACUUCUUAGACAUGUAAACUUUCUGGUUCAUGUUCUUUAGCAGUAAAUUUGCUAAUAAGAUUGUUUUAGAUGACCUGGGAAGCUGUAUCACUGAGUUAGUAUUGUAUUAACUAAAAAAAAAAAGGUGGCAAAUAAUUCUGAGAAUGAAAUUGAAAAAAAAAAAUUGAGCAGAUUGCCAAUAUAAUCACAUAUGCUCGCACAUGUUCAAUGUUUGUUCAUGUUUUCAUCUUAAAUGCCUUUUGCAGAGUCUGGCAAGAACUGCAAAAUCGGCCAUUGCAUGAGUUGUUUAUGAGACCGUAGUCUUUACACAACAGAUCAAUUUACAUCUGUGGGGAUUAGAAUGAGUUUCACCAUUUUGACUUAGUAUAUAUCACGCACAAAACAUGUGUGCAAAGGGGAGUUGAAGGUGCAUAUAGUAUCAUGUAGUAUUCAAUGAAAAUUUGUGCUACGUGUGUCUUAGCCUUUCACUUUUUAGUGUGCUUUGUAUGCAGAGUUGACAUCAUUUUUAAUAUUUUGCAGGCUUGUGCUGGUUUUGCUUGGUAGGAGAGCUACAUAUCUAAUUGUGCAUGCCAGUGUGCUCAUUGCAGUUGCUUUGACAUGCAGGAAGUCUUGUGAAAUGUGUGAGGCGCCCAAGAAUGUUGCCCGGUGGAGUCCCUGUACAUAGGUGACAAACGCAGGUGUGUACAGUGAAAGGCAAACUAAAGCACCAAUAUUUGGUGCAUAUUGGGCUGUGCCCUUAGUUUAGCAUUUUUAUGAAUUUGUGUUAGUAGAGCAUGGCUUUUUUUUUUAUGGUAUUGGUUGAAGUUGGUUGUUUAACACUGUGUUGAGCCAGAAUCUGAAACAGAACAGAUUUCUGCAUUGAACAGUGCUGUGGUGUUUGACUGUUUUGAGAUUGCACUCCUACUUAAAUGUUCUGCCAUGGUACAAAGCUCAUAGCAUGCUGUUCUAAUGUAGUGUGCUUUCAACCUUUAUAGUAGUCGCACGACAGUUUGCAAGGCCUGAGAAGCUUUACAAGUAGCCCUGCACCAUAAUGCCUUUGAAUGGAUGCUGCUGUGCAAGCUCUAGAAUUUCAAUUAUUUGAUGUUUCUACUGUUGAUCAGAUUGCUCCCACAUAGCAGCCAUAAGACAGUUACUGGGCAGUGCAAGUAUUGUCUCUAUUUUCUGCUUAAGUGGGAGGUUACUGAGUGUACUAGGAUGCAAAGAAGAAAUGAGGCUUUAGAAUUCCCAUUCCUGAAUGUACAUUGCAGCAAAGCUAUCUACACAGGAGCCUUACCAUUUACCAUAGAGUGGCUUUAUAAUGUUGUUGCGAUCGUAAAGUGAGCCAGACCAGGGCAAACAUUAUGGAUGUGGUGUGUGUGUGAGCUAUGUUUAGUUAUGCAAUGUGAGAACAGUAUUUCAGUGUUGGCCACAUUAUAUUGGGUGCCGCAGUGUCAGCAUUGUAUGUUACGAAGUAAGUUAUGGUAUAAGUCUAACCACACACCGCACACUAUAUUACUUUUUUUCAAAAAGCAGACAUAUUUGAAGGAGUUUACCAUUUGUUUUAACCAGUAUUAGAUAUGAAAAAAAUGAAAGGUGAUGUGCAUGCUAGCUUCUUGCAGUUCUUUGCAUGUGAUAUAGAGGCAAUUUAAUGUUGCGAUCAAGCGCACAACUGAAUGGCACUAUGUGCAUAGAAGAUCGCCAAGUGAGCAUAUGCCCUGUUCUUCUAGAUUCUGCAUAAGUGAUCCUCCUGCCAUGACUCCUUGCUGUGCGUGUUUGUUUUUCUGUAAGUGCCUAUUUAUAGACAUUGUGCGUCUAUUCAUUUUUUGUAGUUUUCAUUUGUGAAGAGGAGACAUGUGGUACCUUAAAAUGUUCUGCCAUCUCAGGUCGGUGGCAUAUGCAGGCCAAGCAUUUCUAGUGCACGUGUCAGUUUUUUUCAAUGCAGUGCUGUCAUAGGUUAGACUAAACAAUGAGUUAUAUAGCACUCAGUUUUGUAAAAGCAUAUUUUUUUUUUUUGCCCAUGUCCGUGUGCAAUAUAGACGAGCUGUACAGCUUUUUGUGCAGGACGACCGCUAGUGCAGUUUCAAAGUGUGAAUGUCACAGUUUUAUUUUGUUCUUGUACAUAUGUAUUUACUGUGUUGAGCAAAGGUCGCUUCUGUGAACAAUUAUAAAUAUAUAUAUAUAUAUAGACAUAUACAUAUGUACAUAAUAAACUGUUUAUUUAUGAA